ACUUAAUUGCAGAGGGUUUAAAUGACAACAUUUCCUCUAUGAAGGUGGACGGAUAUCCAUGGCUGGCAUACACAGAUUGCCUUUACCAAGCUGCGGGGUUCAUCACUGCACCCUUCAGCCCAGAGCAAUUCUACAUGUAUAUAAAGAUACAAACUUCCUCACACUCUACAGACCCACGAUGGCGCCUGUAACGAGUGGGAGUCUAAAAAGCUGUAUCAACAAGAUCGUCGUCUAUGAGCAUUUUAAUUUUCAAGGCAGGAGCAAAGAGUUUAUGUCUGAUGCCCCUGACUUAAUUGCAGAGGAUUUUAAUGACAACAUUUCCUCUAUAAAGGUGGAUGGAUAUCCAUGGCUGGCAUACACAGAUUGCCUUUUCAAAGGUGAGCAGUACAUCUAUGAGGCAGGAGAAUAUCCUGUCAUGGAUAUAAAUGAUUCUAUUUCAUCACUGCAGUUGGUGAAAGAUGACCUGGCAAAUCCUCAGAUCACUCUGUAUGAAUACCCAAAUUAUGGAGGCAGGAGCGUUGUCCUCACCACUGAGAAAGAUUUGAGUGCUGUCAACUUCAAUGAUACAGCGUGUUCUCACAAGGUGCAGGGAGGGGUAUGGGUCCUCUACGAGCACGGGAAGCGAGGUGGUGCGAAGAUGAUCGCCAAACCUGGUGAAGCUGUUGACAAAUAUGACUGGUGGAACAAGAAAGUGAGCUAUGUGCGUCCUCUCAACAAAGUAUUAAUAUCUGAUUAUUAUAAUAUUUGAGUUCUGGGAGUGCAUGUGCCAAACUGGGACUCGAUCAUCGCUGAAUACUUGUUAAAUUUCAUGAUCCAGUCUCUUCAAAUUUAAAUUAAUGUGCAAAUGUGAAUGAAAAAGGAAUUUUAAUAAAUAUAUGUGUUUAUGAUGUAUGAUUGUAAUGGGAAUGAAUGUUCCAGUCUGUGUAAACACCCUGAAUUGUUUAAUGUCUGAUCCUGUUUAAUCUGAUGCUGUUGUAAAAGUUUAACGUGAACGAAGAUGUGAAUGAAACUUUCUUUUUUUAUCACACAUAACAUGAGGAUGGAAUUUUUCAUGGAUUUAAUGUGAUUGAUUGAUAACCGUGGUGCCAGCUCUCUCACUCUCCUUAUUUGAUCAUGUACUAUAAUACAGAAAUUAAACUUCUUGUGCAUGAUUUCAAAUAAAUAUUACAUAACUGUG